CUGGAUGUUCGGUAGGCGGGCACUUUGAAAUGAAGGCCAUUCCACUUUCUAAACAACUUUUAAUACAUGGCAAUACUUGGCUAUUUCGGUGUUUCCCUACUCACUAUUACAUAAGUAGAACUUCUACAUAUUGCUUACGCACCAAGAGUUCCUCAACCUCCUCCAAUGAGAAUGAGCGAUUCGGUUUCUUCACCAUUCCAAAUAUGAUAACAGUCUCUCGUAUGGCACUCACUCCGUUUAUUGUCAAUUCCAUUUUGAAUCAAGAUCUGAGUACAGCUUUAGGUCUCACUGCAAUAGCUGGUGUAACUGAUGUGCUAGAUGGAUUUAUAGCAAGAAAUGUACCACAUCAAAAGUCCAACAUUGGUAGUUUACUGGAUCCUUUGGCUGAUAAAGUUCUUGUGACAUCUUUGGUUUUAUCACUGACUGUAAUGAAGCUGUUUCCAAUUAGUCUGACUUGUCUUUUUAUCCUGCGUGAUGUUGGACUAAUAGCUGUUGUGUCCUCAGCAUUCCUCCGGUAUUCCCUUUCAGCUAGUCCUGUGACUUUCACUCGGGAGGUUGAGAUAAAAGCAUCCAAUAUCAGCAAGUUGAAUACACUUUGUCAGUUAUCAAGCGUUAUACUUAGUAUGACGUAUCCAUUGUAUGGAUUCCCUAGUUACGAAUAUUUACAGGCUGUUUGGCUGUUAUCUGCUGGUACUACAAUUGCCUCUGGUUUCGGUUAUUUACAAAGUCUGCCUGAAUGGCGAAGGCGUAUAGCACAGAUAACUCACAAGAAAAAACAACCCUAAGUAGACUGACUGUUUU